AUGAAAAUUUCAUUAGGAAAGCCUCUAAAGGAGGCUUUGUAUUCGUUUAAAAGACGAACUAAUCCUGCGUGUAAAAAAGUCGGAGGAAAGACUGUAGAAAUUUUAGAAGAAAUCGGUGAUUCAAGUGGAAUUUUAGCUAUUAAACUUGUAGCCGAUAGGUCACUUCAUUGGACCGAAAGGUUUUUAUGGUUUAGCUUGAUAACUCUGUCAGUUUAUGCAGCCUACCUUAUAAGCUCCAAACAACUUCGACGUUAUAGAAUCUCACCAACAGUAGUUUCCUUGGAUCGUGAUUAUCGUGGAUGGAAGGGAACAAUGCCAGCGGUAACCCUAUGCUACUAUGAUCAUCUUGACUCAUACAAAGCUGACGAAUACAUUCAAACCAAAUGGAAUAUAACGAUGGCCGAUGAGGAGUAUUUUUAUUUUAUGGAAUUUUUGUAUGCCAUUGUGAAUGCCACAGCAAGUAAUUAUGUUGAAUUGGCUCGCUUUGCUACCGAUGAACGUUUUGAAGAUGUUGAUCUAAAUGAGGCACUGGGUGAAAUUUACCGGACAUUUGAUCAGACAUUGAAAAGCUUUAAUCCGUGGUUUAAGAUUCGUGUGAAUCCAGUUAUGACCGAAAGAGGGCGGUGUUAUGCUAUUAAUUCACCAUUAUCGACUAUUCAAGCUGAAAAAAGAAAUGAGAGUGAAAGUGAAGUCGCUGAUACAUAUGAACCAUUGGUUUGUGAAUUUGGAAAACAACCAUGUUUUAUCAAUUUGGAUAUAUUUGAAAGUACUGGAACUAUCGAUGUACAUUCGGCUUAUGAAGUUUCUGGCAGUGAUGCCAAUAUUAUUCCACUUCGAAAAUCAGAUGAAGUUAUUGCAACUUACAAAGUUUCUGAGACAGUAGCUAGUGAAAAACUUAGAGAAUUGACCCCAAAACAAAGGAAAUGUGUAUUUUUAGACGAAGAGACAGCACAAUUACCUAUUUACACUAAGUCGCUAUGUCUAGCACGAUGUAGAGCUGUAAUGGCACUUGAGAUGUGCAAUUGUGUGCCAUUCUUUUACCCAUUUGUAGAAGGAACAAGCUGCAACCCUGCUGGAUUUGAGUGUCUACUGGAUUUUAAAUGGCCUGUUUGGGCUCUUCAUAUUUGCAACUGCCCAAGUACCUGUACCGAAUUGCAAUACACCAUUCAAUCUAUCAAACGCAAGUCAUGGGGCGCAAAAGAAUCAAACAAACCAGACGCUGUAGCAUCAACAUUUCGCUGGGAAGUGAGUCCACCAAAAGUCCGAAUGCGAAGAGAUGUUGUUUUUAGUUUUGAAGAUUUGCUUGUGUCCUUUGGAGGAACUCUAGCAUUAUUUUUGGGCUUCAGUGUUUUAUCAAUUGUUUAUAUUGCAAACGUUCUUAUCUAUCAUGGGUUCGAUGGCAUUUGGACAUUAACUCGUUUUCUAUGGAAUCUCUCUUGCAGACCAUGCCAACAAGUUGUUGCAAGAUAUAGAGCAAUAAACCAGGUGAAUGCGAUUCGCAUGAUGGCACACAGAAUGAGAAAAUCAAAGGAAACUGCAAAAAGAAAUAACUCUUCGAACGCCCUUUUUGAAUAUUUGGAAUAA